AUGGAAUCAAUUUAUUUGAAUCCUCCACAUCGACAUUCGCUCAUCAAGGUGUAUCCUUGAAUCUGUGUACAUAUCUCUAUAUAUGUACCAGGGAGGGAGGCCCCCUCCCCCCCCCCUGUGGAUGGAUCUUUGGUGGACCACGCCAGAGGGGUCCAGCCUUGCCACCUUAUUGGCCAGGCCUGUCGAGGGGCUGCCGGGCAGGAAGGCCUCAAAGCGCCCACUUCUGACCCCUUCCCGCUUCUUGCCUGUACCCUACAGACCUGGCAAAGGCAGGGCCCCGCUGGCUUGUUGCAUGUACCCGACAGACCUGGCAAAGGCCGGGCCCCGCUGCCUUGUUGCAUGUAUCCACCGACCCGGCAAAGGGGGCAAAGGCAGGGCCCCGCUGCCUUGUUGCGUGUACCCUACAGACCUGGCAAAGGGGGCAAAGGCAGGGCCCCGCUGCCUUGUUGCGUGUACCCUACAGACCUGGCAAAGGUGGCAAAGUCCGGGCCCCGCCCCCUUGGCGUAGGGUUGGGCACACGCAACACGACAAGAGGGCCCAGCCUUUGCCACCUUUGCCAGGUCUGUAGCGUACAUGCAAGAAGCGGGAAGGGGUCAGAAGUGGGCGCUUUGAGGCCUUCCCCCCCGGCAGCCCCUCGAAAAGAGGGGCCGGGGCGGGGAGGCCCCCCCCCUUCAAAAAGUUAGAUCGGGGGGGGGGCCUCCCGCCCGGAGCCCUGGAACAUAUAUAAAUAUUGGCGAAAAGUCAGCCAAGCACUGCACAAAAACGGCCAAUAUUGCUCCCCAUACCGUCGCGGGAGUGCUCUGCUUCGCGUUGUCUCCCCCUUGUCUCUUUUCUGGUCCGCCUCUCCCUUGUUUUCAUUUUCUGUGUUUCCCCGCUCCCCUCCAGAAUCCACCACACCAGGCGGCGAGUGUGUGCCGGUGGAUUCUGGAGGGGCGCGGGGAUUCUCAUCAUUCCGGAGGUUUUUGCUGGCAACUGCGGGAAGGUUUUCGCUGAGGGAGCAGAAUAGGCGGCGAGUGUUCCUGGGAUUCUUAUCAUGCCCGGCGAGAUAGAACCUCGUCCGGGUUUUUGCAGUGCUUGGCUGACUUGUUCCCAUUGUAUUCACGACGACGACAGACACGCGCAUGCCUAUGCGUCCACUUUGUUGGAUGAAGAAGAUCGGCUUGGAGUCGACUGCUACUGAAUGUACCCGGUGAUGAAAAGUAGGCACCUAGUUUUAGGUAGAUGAUGGAGCUUAUAUAUGAAAUUAAGAUCGCAGCAGUAAUGAAACUUGUUUUCUGGUGCCUUCACAGUUGUGUGUCCUGUUGUAGUCAGAAGACUGUGGGGGCAAGCUGUGACUUCUGAAGAUCCGUGCAUCUUGGUGAUCCAAGUGAGGUAGUCGGUCAUUCAAUGUCAACGAGGACCACGGACAACGACGAAGGCCUGCAUACUGCGACUCACAGUGGUAGCCAGUGAAAUAUCAAUUUUUCUAUUUCCCAUCUUUAACAGAUGAGAAUAAACAAGGAAUCUCCGCCGGGAUGUAUCUUCUUGAGUCCUGGGGACUAGUGCAAAGGCUUAUGUAUCACGAAU